GUGUAUGUGCAUGUGCAUUUGUAAAUAUAUGAAAAUCUGAACAAAGAAGAGCAAACCUCAAGUUAGUUAGUCAAGUGCUAAUAAAUAUUACGGGAAUAUUACAACUUAAAAUGGUUGCAGCAUACGAAAGUGUUUUUGUUGAAGAAGAUCCAACAACGCUUUGCGGUUGGGUCCGUAAUUUCCGUAUUAAGAGGUCAGAAAUGAAGAGAAAGUUACGUGGCAAUUUGCGUGUAAACGCGAUGUUGAAUACAGCUCUUUUGACUGCGGAAGCUGAAUUACGUCGGAAGCAGAGAGAACGUUUUCGUCGUUGGGCCGAAUUCCAAACGAAACUAGAUGGUAGUUACGCCAUCAGCAGUUAUGUGAAAGGAAAGGUGUCCGAAGAAGAGGAAGCUGAGCGGCAGAAAAAAGUGGAUAAUUUGUGGAAAAGUGAACUUAGUGACUUGGAUUCCUUUAUGAGAUCUCUAAGUAGCAGUACUAAUAGGGAUUGCAACGUUAAAUCCGCAUAUGAAAAUGAUUAUAAUGUGCAAAGUGAUAAUUGCAAUGUGCUGCAAAGUAUUGCAGUAGUUAGUUAAUAGUUUACCUUGCAGAUGUCUGAAUUGUGUAUUUGUAGUAUAGUUUUAUCAAGCAAGUUUUUCAUUUGCAGUCAUUGAAGCAUCGUACAAAGUGUUCCAUAAUGUGAAAAGAAAACCGAGUGAGUUGACAUGACACCA